AUGAUUGGGAGGGGAUUGGAACACCUGAAUCACAUGAUAUGGAGGGGAUUGGAACACCUGAAUCACAUGAUAUGGAGGGGAUUGGAACACCUGAAUCACAUGAUAUGGAGGGGAUUGGAACACCUGAAUCACAUGAUAUGGAGGGGAUUGGAACACCUGAAUCACAUGAUAUGGAGGGGAUUGGAACACCUGAAUCACAUGAUUGGAGGGGAUUGGAACACCUGAAUCACAUGAUUGGGAGGGGAUUGGAACACCUGAAUCACAUGAUUGGGAGGGGAUUGGAACACCUGAAUCACAUGAUUGGGAGGGGAUUGGAACACCUGAAUCACAUGAUUGGAGGGGAUUGGAACACCUGAAUCACAUGAUUGGGAGGGGAUUGGAACACCUGAAUCACAUGAUUGGAGGGGAUUGGAACACCUGAAUCACAUGAUUUUGGAGGGCGGGCCCAAUA